AAGGCGGAAGCGCGAACUGCGGCUUCCGGCUGCGGGGUUGAGGUGCCAUGGACGGGCGCGCGGCGGCGGGAGACGGCCGGAACGGGCCCCGCGAGCGGCGAGGGCCGGGCGACGCCGCGGCGCCGCAGCAGAACCACCAGGGGCGGCCCCCGGCCGCGGCGCAGCGGCUGCCCAAGCACUCGUACUGGCUGGACCUCUGGCUGUUCGUGCUGGUGGACCUGGUGCUGUUCCUGGUCGUGUACCUGUGGCCGUGAUGGAUUACCUGACAUCUACAUCAAGAAGUUGACUCCUGGACUGAAUUCUGAACAUGACUUACAACUUCUUGAACAAAGACAGGAUUGUGCAACAGAAGAAUUUCAAACUCUUAAGGGACCUUCUUUCCUUUUACACAUUCCUUACUCUUUGGGGGACUAUAUUAAAUGGGUAGUGACCUCACCCAUUCAUAACUAAGUCCUUAAAACCAGACUCUUUGAUUCAUGUUUAAAAACUUUCUUCAAAUAGCUGAUGGCUUUGCAGGAGCUGAAUUAAAAUAUUUGUACAGAAAGGUUUAGUGUAUUAAGAACUACAACAAUGACUUUCCCUUAACAUUUUAAGGGUUGACCAGGGUUUAGUAUGAUGCAAUAUUAUAUAUGGUGAAUUAUUAAGGUGAAGUAUCUAAAAUUAAAUUCCUAGAAAGCAAGGGGAGAAUUUUAGAAAAGGAAUUAAACGCUAUACAGAAAAUGCAGGUCUGCAAGUUACUGGCUGUAAGAAUCCAGCUUAAGUUCUAGAUUAAGUGGGCCUCUGUUCGGCUGCCAGGUUGACAUGACCUUGGAGAAAGUAUAGAAUAGCCAGUAGUGGAAAGCUCCCCCUCUUCCUUUUAAGCUCUUGAACUCCUUAAAAUAGGACAGUGUGUUUCAGUCCUGUUAUUUAUUAUUGGGGUUACAUUAAGAAUACUUGUGGCCAAAACACGCUUGUUUUUAUAAUUACUGUAACUUUUCAGCAAAAUCAGCAUAUUCAUUCAAAUAUUUGAGCACUUGUAUGGACUGGGUACAGCAGUGAACAAAACAAAAAUCACUGCCUUCGAGGAACUCAGCACCUUGGUUUUUAAAUAAAGAAUUUACAUUCUAGGAGUGCACAGCUGGCAUUUGAUGAGCAGGGCCACACUCGCAGAGUAGCUACGAUAAGCCUUUCAGACGUCACAGGACAGAUACUCCUUUAUAUACAAUGUUCGGAACAGCCUCUUGUCGAAAUUAGGGACUUUUGAUGUAUGUGAGUUGCCUACAUUUUGGGGGGAUAUGCCCCCUCUUUCAAAUCAAGGAAUAGAUCUGGUGAACUCUGCGUCCUCUACCUUUCAGAAUGGCACUUAGGGUUACAGUGGAAUCUGGGACUGACUUUGGAGGAUUUUAUCUGUCAACUACAAGGUUACCAACAGUGCCUCCAGGGUACCGUUGAUCUGUCUGAAGAAAACCUUUUGGACAAAGGUUGGAGCAUCUAGAGAAACACAGAACUGGAAUUUCCUUGGGUAUCCAAACAUUGUAUGAACUGUUUCUGUGCUGCUGGCUGGUAAUUUUGUCCAAUAAAUGUUUAUUGUGCAGCUAA